GCAGGGGCAGAGAGGAGCGGGACGAGGAGAUUGUGGUCGACCUUGAACCAUGUUUAACGUGCGGCGGUAUUUGGGCGAUCAGGAAGAGGUGGGGGAUGCUGAUGGCACUGCCAAUGGUAGCCCGGCAGCGGUGGUGGGGGCGAACCUCGUGGAGGAGGAGGCUGACAAUGAGGCCGCGGAGGGCAAUGAGCAGAAGGAGGACGUGACGGACGAGCAAGAGAACGAGGAUGCCUGGUCGCCGAUGCAGGAGGAAAGUAGUGAUGAGGAGACGGGAGGGGCUGAAAACGAACCGAGUAUCUCGGGUUUGAGUGCAGAGGAUCGCUUUCGGCAACGCCUCGAGGCCAAGCGACAGGCUGCCCAGAGUCAGGUCGCCAGCAAUACCGAGGAACAGGACAACGAGUUGGCGAAUCUUCACGACGAUGAUGGCCCCGUGCUUGCCGUUCCCCUCGAAGCCCCAGCAGACAAGCGUGUACGCAGCACGCGCGUGCGUCAGACACUGCCAGCUUGGCUGGCGCAUCCACAGCAGCUUCGAGCUGGCUUUGCUGAGGGCCAAGAGCUGCAACCGGUUGAUACCUCAGCAUUGCACCCCGAGUUGCAGCGUGCCAUGCAACGUCGUGAUAUGAAAACGCUGUUUCCCUUGCAGCGCGCAAUGGUACCGCGCCUCAUAGCUUCUUGGAACGCUGCCGGCCACCCGGGUGACUUUUGCGUGUGUGCACCCACGGGUAGCGGCAAAACGCUGUGUUAUCUCUUGCCCAUUCUCCAUCUGCUGGCGGAACGCGUAACCCCGCGCAUUCGCGCCCUUAUCGUUCUCCCCACCCGCCAGCUUGCUCUGCAAGUGGUGCGGGUGGCUCGGGAUCUUCUUGGUGCCUCCCAGCUGUGUGCUGGGCGCGAGCCGCUGCGUGUGGCUGCACUCACCGGUCAAACUUCGCUUUCACAAGAACAGAAACUGCUGCAAGAGCAGAGCAUUGACAUUGUGGUCGCUACACCAGGUCGCUUAGUCGACCACCUCCACCAAACCGGUAAAGAGAUGGGGGCUUUGGGCGCUUGUUUCCAACCCAUUCUUUUGACGCAAUCUUAUCAAUCGUGGCUGGAAGCGCUGCGCAAGGCACUUUACCGAGGCCGUGAAAGUAGUGAUCCAAUGAACAUGACAUUGACUCGGUUUCACGCCGAGGGAACGCGUUUGCAACAGCUUCUCUUCUCUGCCACCCUCACUCGGGAUCCCGAGAAACUUGAACCUUUGCGGCUGGCUUUUCCGACGAUGGUCAUUGCUAGCUCUGCCCAUCAGGAUGAUGCAAAUGGCAAGAGCACCAUUCCACGCUCGAUCGACGAGUACACGGUGUCUUGCACUGCCACAGAGCGACCCUUGGUGCUGCUAUCUCUCUUGAUUGGCUUUCAAAUGCAACGCGUUUUGAUCUUCGUGUCAGCUCUGAACACGGCCAAGCGCGUGACGGCUUUGCUGCAGUACUUUGAUGAGUUGUCCGUCGCAGAGGUCUCAUCCAGUCAAUCUCAACAAGAGAACACCCGGGCGCUGAAGCAGUUUGCGGCUGGCGAGCUGAGCGUGCUGGUGUGCUCAGACAACAUGGCACGCGGUAUUGAUAUCAAAAAUGUGGAAACCGUCAUCAGUUAUGAUGCCCCGGCUUUUCCGAAAACAUACAUCCAUCGCGUGGGUCGUGUCGGUCGCGCUGGCGCCCAUGGUGAGGCAUACACUCUAGUCUUGCCUCAGCAGCUCUCAGCAGCCUUGGAGCCUGGUAUCGAGGUUGAGGAGCGCUGGCGGGCACUUCGCGCCUACGUGGGUGCACUGAGCUGCAGUAGCUUGAGUCACCCUUCCUCUUUGAACCUGCCCCACCUCUUUCAGCGGACUGGUCUUGAGCUCUUGCAUGCCGAGGGCGUGCCAAGCGCACGCCGUUUGACUUAUCGCACAGUCCUGCGGCCUGACGACUUGGCUUGCACCGAGAACUUGGUACAACUUCUGGCGCUGUUCCCAUAUGACAACGGCAGUCUGACUGAGUGGCUAGCCUCGGAUCUUCGCCACAACUCAGACUAUCACGGCACCAAAUUGGCUGUCCAAUAUGAUGACGAGUGCCAGUGCUACCAGAUCACACUAACUGCCACCAAACUCAAGGCCCCAAAUGGUGCCGCCAAACCCGUGCAGUCUUGGGCAACCGCGCUCGGCAUGGUCCCAAAGUCCAGAUGGACCAAAUCUUUUGCGCUGGAUCUGGUAGCCACGGACUCCACCGUCAUGCUCUCUGCCCCACAUGGCGCGUGUCAUUCGCUCCCUUGCCGCGUGUCCGAGGCCACGCCUCUGGCGACCAAUCUUUCUUGGCAACAGGUGGACGGUGCACGUUUGCCAUCGCCGGUGCUUGAUGUAUAUCGACAGGCCAUCACGCAAGGUCAAGAACGAGCACAUCUUAUUACCACGAUCAUCAAUCGAGCCGACGAGUCGGUGCGAUUGCUUGUUCAGGAAGCCAUACCUUGGCAGUUGAAUGUCUAUGCGCACACACGACGCCUUGUGCUUGAUAAUGACACGCAUUGGACAACUGAACGAGAGACAUUCGAGGCAGCCGUGCCGCAUGUGGCACCGGCGUUGUGGGCGGGCGUGAUUGAGAUUCCAGCUCGCACGACGCUGACAAUGAGUGUGGGGCUGCAGCAAACAUUUUUGCGCAACGACGACUACCCGCGCGACCCGUUCAAGGGGAUCACAAUUCCAGCUGGCGCUGUGCUGCACAUUUUCACCAAUAACUCGCUUGACCUGAGUCGCCAGGAGCUCGCGGCGGUGACACACUAUACCACUUUAUGCUCAUGCUUCUCUCAUUCUUUUGUCUCUCCUUUCUCCCUCUGUCUCUCUGUCUCUCCUUCCUAUCUGUCUCUAUCUCUGUUCUCUGUCUCUCAUUUCUCUCUGUCUCUGUCUGCCUCCUCUCUCUGUCUCUCUCUAUCUCUGUCUCUCCUCUGUCUCCUCUAUCUCUCUGUCUUUCUGUCUCUCUCUCUCGUCUCUCUCAAUCUCUCUCUCGCACUUUUCCAUCUCUCUCACCUCUCUCUCAUAUUUUUCUUUUCUGUGGGAAGCCCCAAGCCUCAUGAGGAGGCAGAUGCUGACACACCCGGAUCGCAACCGGUUGUGGAACCUUCAGUAGUUGUGGGUGAACCUGCAGCCAAGAGAAGCAAACCCGCCAAUUCACCCGAAGUGACCACCCCUCAGGCCGCAAACGCCUCGCAGCCUGCUUUCCAAAGCACCGCUGAAAAUGAGCAAGACCAAACAAACACGCACACGUCCGUGCAGGAAGCACCGACCGUUGAUACUCCACGUCAAGCGGAAGAAGCUGCACCUCCCAGUCCAACGGGUGAAUGUGGUGCUCAACAUGAGCUGAAGCAAGAGGCACAAGCUGAUGCUAUUUUUGGCGAGACGCUUCCGUUGCUCGACUUUCUCAACUCUAUGCAAGAAGAGCUUGGUCUCGAGAACCGCGUACACCUCGAUGACCUUGCCACGUUCCUCUUUGACUCGGAUACUAAAGCGUGGCGCAUCUUGGUGGCCAUCUUUGUGCCCAUCCUCAAACUCAUCUUGCGCAAUGACAAGGCCAAUAAACUCACCACAGCCGGUGUGCUUGAUCUCUACCCUCAGGUAGAGAGCACCAUGUGGUUGCACGAGCUGACGCUGGACGAAUCUUCUCUCCAGGGCAUCCUAUGCCAUUAUGUGCUCAGUCAUCCCGAUUUUGUCAUCGAGUUCCCGCGACUCUUCAACUCGCUGAGCACCACUGAACUUGUUGCCCUUGAUUCGCUCUCCAAGCUACGCUUGUUAGUGUUUUUACAAGAGCAGGCUCUAGACACGACUGAAAUCCGUGAAAGUAUCGCGGCCUACCUUGAUGAGGCCGAAGCCUGCCAGCAGCAAAUAGAAGAGGUCUCAACACGCCGAACCCGCGAAACAAAUACUUGCUUAGAAUUGUACGCGUCCAUUCAACUGCAUGAAAACGAAGAGGAUCGCAUUCUUCACAUCCCUUUCCUGGAGCUGCCCACACGCCGGGAAUUGCCUGCUUACUACAACACCAUCAAAAAGCCCAUGGACAUGGUGACCAUCUACAAGCGGAUCUGUUCAGACGAGUACACUUCGUUUGAGAGUUGUGCCGCCGAUGUCAGCUUGAUGUGGAGCAAUGCUUUGCACUUUAAUGCCGCAGACUCAUUGCUGGCCCAGGACGCACAAACUUUGCAAGCUAUGACUACUGUGAAAAUGGCGGCUCUUGAAGAACGCAUUCAGUCUGAUUUUGCUCAGCUUGACGCAGAGCAAGCAGCAAUCAAGCAGUCAGAGAUUUGCGCACCCGAUGACCCUGAAAAAGUCUUGGCUGAUGCUUGCGCCCAGCCAUCGGUAGCCUUGACAGAUUUGGUGAAGCGUCGCCUGCAGGAGGCGUAUGCGCUGCACCUCAAUGCCCUAUAUCGUGACUUUGCGGCCUCUGCUAUCGGCACGCGCGGCGAUGUCUUGGGCCGAGAUCGCCUCGGAAACCUUUAUCGCUUGUGUGAAAGCUUGCCUGGCGUCGUGGUCGAGCGAUACGACGGCAACCCCGACAUUCUGCGCCCUACCUUGCAUCAACUGAAAGAGCGCCAGCCCUUUCUGCCCGGGAUUCGUGGCAUGGCUCUUUGGAAGAUCUUUGAGGCGAGCGCUGACAACUCGGACAAUGAUCACUCAGAAUCCACUUCGGAGGGUGAGGACGAGGACGAGGAAUACGUCGAUGAAAUCACUGACUAUGGGAAGCUGGAGGACGAAGAUGAAGAAGACUAUGACCUGUAUGAUUCCUUGUCCAGCAACGACAGCCGGCUCGUGUCGCGACGUCAGCUACAUCUUGAUGGUCUGCAGUUUUUGCGUGACAAGGACGAGGAGGCCAGUCAGGGUGCAGGUAGUGCCGGUGGUCGUGGACGCUCGCGUGGGCGGGGCCGAGGUCGGGGCCGAAAUCGUACACACAACCGCAAUCAGGAUUCAGAGCACGAUGAAGAACCAGCGCUUCCGCCUGGUCUCCAGGAUGUUCAAGCCUGGCAACAAAACCGGGAUGCUCCUGCUCCAAUCGUUUAUGAUGCCGAUUUCCAGCCAGAGGUUUUGGAGGCGAGCCCCAUCCCAGGGAAUGUCUUACGCUACAAAUGGUCAUAUAUCGAGUCAGAAAGCAAGCUGCAACAGCUCAUCGACUCGCUUGACCCUCGCUGUGCAGACGAGGCCCGCCUUCGCCGUGUGUUGCAAGACCGACAGCUUCAACUAGCUACGAGCAUCGUUGGAGACGAACAUCCCGUGCCCAUCGUUGGCUGGAACAAGAAUGUCUCAGACGUGCCAGCAACAGACGUGCGACCUGAGUUGCGACAACGGGUUGCUGAAUUACACGAAAGGGAGCAUGGCAUGCCUCUCUUGCCGCACGGCUCAGGGCCCAAUUGCAGCCCGACACUACAACAGUCAUUCGUGGCUCAAGUCAACAAGGAACUGCUUUCGCUUGGUCAAAAGUUGAAAGAGAAAGAUUUCCUCAUUCUCCAACCACAGGGAUCAGAAUCUGAUGACAAAGGCUUGGCGUUUGAGGCUUGGGAUAAGGACGUUCGAAGCAGCACUGGCCUGGAUUCCACGAAGGAGGCAAUUGGUCGGCUAUAUCGCUACACCAUUCCGGAUGUCAUGCGUCGUUCCUGGCAAAGCCACAACGAAGAAUGGCUGGAUAGCGUUCUCCAAGUCGCAGUGCCUUCGGAAAUGCUUUUGUACCUUCACGUUUUUGACAAAUGUGUCAGUUGGCGCAAGAAGCUGGAACAACUUGUGCCCACCCCUAAACCUAAAGUACCACGCAAGCGCAAGUCGACCACCACCGCCAACACAGCCACUGGCUCGUCCGUGCCAGAUGCUAUCAAGGUCUCUCCCCCCGCCAGUAGCCGUCGUCGUGGCCGAGGCCAGCGAGCCUCGCUCAAAAUACACAGCGAACCAAAACCUUUGGUCUGGGUGCCAUAUGGGGAUCGUCUCAAGUGGCCAGCCAAGCUACUGGCUGAGGACACAGAGGUCCAGGCCAGUGAGGUAUCGUUUUUCGGGACUGAGGAGCGAGCUUGGAUCAAACACGACGCAGCCACUACCAUUCCAGAUCGGCCUUCGUUGGAACGUGAAAUCAAUGGUCUGGCCCCAGAGGACACAGACUUGUUGGAUGCCUAUGACGUUGUGCGCGAGUACAUCCACGAGCAUCGCAGCACUUGGGGAUACGGAGCUCGCUCGAAGAAAGGACCCCUGCAAGCAGCUGACAGGCCACAGGCGGCACAGAAAUCGGAUUCAAGCAGCGCUUCUGGUAUGUCAGCAGAAGAAGAGGAGAGUGACUUUGAGGAUGAAUUGGCACCAACAUCGCGCCUUCGUGCGAAACGUGGUCACAAAGCGUCAGCUCGGGUCGGUGGGGGACCGCAGUCGAAUGGCGGAAACCACAUUCAAUCACAGCGAGUGGCUUCUGGCAACACGGCCAGCUUUGACAUGAUCGGGUCGAGCGACUGGACGCGUGUGCGUUUGAACCUGAGACGUGACAUCAUGCUGCCCAGCUUUGUCGUACAAGCCUUUCGACAUGCCCUGUCGGUGGGCAUUUUGGCUGACCGCACACAAAUCCUGUUGCUGAACAGUCGUUUCCUGACUCCAGAACAAGUGCAGAUUGUACAGCAAUCCUACCGUUCUGUCGACACGUUACAAAGCCCUUUGGUGUAUGUUCCGCCAAGCGCUUCGGAUGCGACCGCCGCAACUACCUCCAUGGCCCGUGGCGCGGCGAGCAUGGCCCAAUUUCAAGGCACAGCGGUUGCGUCUCCACAACAAGCGCCUCGCGCACCCUCGGGCUUUGGUUCGCUGGCCUCCCAAAGUGCAUAUACCCCUACCGCCAUUCCCGCCCGAGUUGGCCCGGACAUGCCUCCGUCACAACACAAUAGUUCCUAUCCUCCCAAUGCCGCUUUUGCGCCUGCAUCAUCCUACGCGGCUCAAGCUUAUGGCGUACAGAUGCCUUACGGCCAGCAUGUCCAGUCCAGCACAUAUGCAGCGACACCCAUGCACUCGAUGCCCUCUGGGCCUUCAUUGCAGCCCAUGUCUGCCAUGGCUUCGGGAAUGGGCGUGCCACCAAUGCAUUCAAUGCACUCAAUGCACACCCCUUCGACCUCACACAUACACAUGCAGUCGCCGAUGAUGGGCACCUCAAAUAUGGGAUUGCCAGCACACUUGAUUGGAGCCUCUGGAUCCGGGGGUGGGGGCGCUUAUUCAGCUACACCCAGUCUCCAGUCUCAGUUGCCUUACAACCCCAUAUACUCGGCCCAGCAGGCUCACCAAGCCCAACAAGCCCAACAGGCUCAGCAGGCUCAACAAGCCCAACAGGCUCAACAAGCCCAACAGGCUCAACAAGCCCAACAGGCUCAACAAGCUCAACAGGCUCAACAGGCUCAACAGGCUCGUCUGGCCCUUCAAAACUACAUGACACUGGCUGCUUUAGCAAACCCUCGACCCGUCCAGCAAGGGAAUAAUCCACCUGUCGGUGGCCAAGGAGGUCAUGCCAUGCCGUUUGCCCCAGGGUCUGCUAUGGACCUUGCAAAUGCCUCCCCAGAAAUGCUCGCUGCCUUGCAUGCGCUGGCCGUGCAGCGUUCUCAAGCGCCUUGA